AUGAAAUCAAUUACUCUUAAUAACCUCCUUAUAUUAUCUUUGGUAUUUUCUCCAAGUUUGGUCAGUAGUAUACAAUGCUCUAAAGAUGCCGUUUUGAAAAGGUAUCAAAUUAAUGAAUUUGCCUCUCUAGGUGAAAUUGAAAGUGAUACUCCUCCGAGUAAGACCACAGAGAAAUGGUGGAUUAAUCCCUGUGAAGAAAAUAAUGAAGCAAAUGUUAAUAUACCAUCUGAUUGUUAUCAUGAUGAUGUUAGUUGUGGUUUAGUAGAGGUGUUAUUACCUGGUAAAGAAGCACUAACCACUCAAGUGAUUAAUUUCUCAAAGAAUUUGAAAUACGUAGCGGAGGAAUUUGAUGAUAAAUUAUUAAUUACCUUAAAAGGUACUAAGUGGGGAUCUAAUACAUUCGAUGCAGAAUUUGAAUUCAGUUGUGAUCCCAAAUUGAAAUCAGAUACAUUAGUGGAAACCUCCUGGCAAAGAGGUUUAAUUAAAUUAUAUGUUAAUGGUCCAUCUGGAUGCUUGAGAGAUAAGAGAGAUAACGAUAAUGAUGAUAACAAUAAUAAUAAAGACAAAGAUGAUGAUAACAAUAGAAAGGAUUCCGAUAAAAAAAAUGGGAAUUCAGAAAAGAAUAAAAGGAAUGGUGGGAUUUCAUGGUUUUCAUGGCUACUGAUAUAUAGUUUAAUGUUUACUUUGAUCUAUCUUAUGGUUGUUUCCUAUAUGAACACAAGGGGUGGAUCAUUUGAUGAUUUCCGCACAGAAUUUGUUACACGUUCCACUCAAUUGCUAACAUCUUUACCUGAAUUCACCAAGGAAGUCAUAAAUAAAGUCUUAGGACGUAAUGAUUCUCAAAGAGGAGGUUACAGUGCAGUAUAG